AAAAAGCAGAUUCUGGUUCAAUUAGAGUUUGUUUUCGUAUUAAAUUUAACGGAUAUUCGAUGGAUUUUACCCAAUUUUGCUAUUAAAUUUAGUAUUCAACGGAUAACGGAUAAAGCUCUAAGUCCAAUUGAUUUUUUCAUAGUCUGCAAGUCAUAUGAAUUCCCAAAUGCAUUAAAAAUGACAAUAGUUCUAGAGGAUCACAUUGUUUCAAGCAAUUUAUGUGACUCAGAAGUUGAACAGUACUCUGGAUAUAUAAAUAUCGCAUCAGAUGCAAAUAUGUUUUUUUGGUUUUUUGAAUCUCGUCAUGAUCCAAAAAACUCUCCAUUAACUAUAUGGCUUAGUGGUGGACCUGGUUUUUCUUCAAUGUUUGCAUUGUUCCAGGAGGCAAGACCUUGUGAGGUAAUUGCGAAUACGACCAAAACUAUAAGAGUUCCGAAUGGUUGGAAUGAAGUGACGAAUUUAUUAUUUAUUGAUCAGCCAAUUGGUGCUGGAUUUUCAUAUGGGUCACGUUUAGUAAAUACAACAGAACAAUGUGCCUCAGAUAUUUAUGAAUUUUUACAAAAAUUCUUUAUAAAGUUUCCGAAAUAUGCAACUUUAGAUUUAUAUCUAUUUAGUGAAUCUUAUGGAGGUCAUUAUGUUCCAAUCAUGGCCACACUUAUUGUCCAAAAUAAUAAUUUAAUCAGAACUGGGAAAAUAAAAGAUAAAAUACUGAUUAAUCUUAAAUCUUGUGGAAUUGGUGGUCCUUGGGUUAGUCCUUUGAUUACAAUGAAAUCUUAUGUUAAUUAUAUAGAGAAUAAUACAUACAACACGUCUUUGCUAAGUCCAGAAUUAAUUGAGGAUAUGCGUAAUAAAUGGAUACCAUGCCAACAGAAAA